AUGUCAUCAUUCCAGUGUCCUUCGUGUGGCAAGGGCGGUUUCAAGAACGAUGUCACUGUUGCUCAUCACAUGAGCCAACCUUGCUCUGGGUGCAGUACGUGGCUGCAGGAUUUGAUAUGCUUGCGCUCCGAGUCUGAUUCCCGUAUGGACUCGGAUGACGAACCAAAUAUUUCCAUGGAUAUGGACGAUGCCAGUGAACCGAAUAUGCCCGACAUCGAGUCUGGUGGUUUGGGGGAUUGGGAUGAGAUGUCUCGAGGGAGUACUAGUGGUAGUGAGAGCCAGGAAAUGCCAACUCACAACUCGGAAGUUAUCGACUCGUAUCCUGACUGUGCUCAAUCAUACGGCAAGGGCUACACAUUCCUCAAUCUAUUCAAUUCCGACAAUAACAGCAAACACCGUGCAACGAAUCCGUAUUACCCAUUCAGCGGCCGGAAAGACUGGGAAGUUGGGUCGUGGCUCCUUCGCUCAGGAUUGAGCAUGGGGAAGAUAGACAAUUUUCUUUCGCUCGAGAUGACUCUGUUCAAUCCUCGUGUCCUCUCGGCUCUUAGGAUUAUUAUCCUAGUCCGAUCCUCUGAGCCUUGGGAUUAUAUCCCUAAGGCUAAAUACCUCCGCCUCUACCUUCGGGUAGUCUAUACCUUGUUAGUUUCUACCCGGACAAAGUCUCGGGUAGUCUUCCCUCUUUCGGGCACAUACUCGGGUAAAGAGCGCAGCGCACGAGCUGAAGCUAAGCCCCUCCGGUCUGACCCGUUGAACACGGUCUUAACACUCAACCAUCCUGCCUUUCACGAUCAGCUCGACUUUACGCCUCACAGGGUGUACACCACUGCGCAGAGGUUGUGUCACGUGUAUUCGGAAUGGAUGACCGGUGAUGACGCGUGGAAUAUGCAGUCAGCCCUACCAAGAGGUGCAACGCUCCUCGGGACCAUAUUAUCGUCUGACAAGACAAAUAUAUUGACCAUGACGGGCGACAGAGUUGCACAUCCCCUUCUCAUUAGCCUUGCUAAUAUUCGCAUGUCCACCCGACUAAAAUCAUCCUCGAAUGCCUUUGUCCUUACUGCUCUACUCCCUGUCCCGAAAUUCAUCUACAAGAAGAAACACAUGAGAGGUGUACUUGAGGAUCGCCUCAUUCAUGAGUGCUUGGAUAUAGUUCUACGUCCACUUAAGGUAGCCGCCCGCGAAGGGGUCAUGCUGUCAGAUCCUGUUGGACACAGUCGCUACUGUUUUACACCACUCACGAGCUAUAUUGUCGACACCCCGGAGGCCAUGAUGCUGGCUGCCGUUGGCGGGAAAACCUCUCCGGUCACUAUGGCCAUGUACAAACAGUUUGGAGACCCUUUCCGUCAUGAACCUCGUACACGAGCAACUACACUCUCCCAGCUUGCCAGCGCACGGAGUAAAGUUGAUCCCGAUGACAUUGAGGCAUUUUUUUGUGAGGCACAGAAGUUUCGUCUGAAUGGCGUCAACACACCGUUCUGGCUGGAUUGGCUCCUCAGUGAUCCAUCCCACUUUCUCACUCCCGAAUUUCUUCACCUCAUCCAUCGCAAGUUCUACGACCACGAUGCAAAGUGGCUCAUUUGCGCAGUUGGUGAUACAGAGAUCGAUUUUCGGUUCUCUGUGUUGCAGGCCAUCACUGGGUUCCGUCAUUUUCAUGGCAGGAUUUCAAAACUUAAACAGGUUGCAGGACGCGCUCAACACAACAUCCAGCGCUCAAUUGUCGCAGUCAGUGCAGACGCAUCACCCGUAAUCGACGACACUCAACUCGCCCGUAUUUCCACGGCCCCCGAAGAAUUUCAUGCCAACAAAGAUGCAAUUAUAGACGGAGGAUUUCGUCGUGGUCAGUGCGGUGGAGUCAUUGAGAACUGGUACAUACCGAAGCUAGAACUCAUGCAGUCCAUAGUUCCGAGCAUAAGGAACACUGGAGUUCCUCUGCAAUGGACUGCCGACACCACCGAGCACGCGCACAUAACGGAAAUCAAGGAUCCUGCUUGCUCGAGCAAUAACAAGAAUUACGAUCCCCAGAUAUGUCGCCACCUUGACCGUACCGAUAAAUGCCGCCACUUUGACCUCGCUAUGAGUCUGCUCAACAAUAUGACAGACUCGAAGUGGCAGGGCUCAGAUGACGUUGGCGAUGUCAACAACAAUGUUGAUCUCGAGGAACCAUGUGCUAUCUAG